AUGGCCAUGGCCAUUGGAGUGAGUCAAGCACAGGCGACUGGUGCAGCUCAGUUCAUCGGGGUGCGUCCGCCAAGUUCAAGGCUGGCCCGGGUGGACGUUGAGGAGUUCAGGGCCCUUGUGUGGGCCCAGGCACACCGGAGAUGUACAUCCCAGGUGUUUUUAGCAGCUUUAGCAGGUGCUGGAGGUGCUGCCUGCGCCUCCCGCGGCCUCCGCCCGCUUCGGCGGCCGUCCCGCGACGCCGGCCGUCCCGUGGCGACGACCCGCGCGACGGCGCAGGCGGAGGUCGAGCCUCGGCUGGAUGCAGCGCGAGGCUAUGACCGGAAGGCAUGGCAGACGGGCUAUCAGUCUGCUCAAGAAGAGACUUGCUGCAGCCUCUACUCCGAGGCCUUGCCAGCGGACUUGAGGGGCACCUACUUCCGGAACGGGCCGGCGAAGUUCCAGGUGGGUGGGGACCAGAUCAUGCACCCCUUCGAUGGUGACGGAAUGGUGGCUGCAGUGACCUUCGAUGGCUCCGGGCACGCACACUUCAGGAACCGGCACGUCCGGACGCCGGGCUUUGUGGAGGAGCUGGAGGCCAAGAGGAUGCUGUACAGGGGGCAGUUCUCGCUCAAGCCAGGCGGAUGGCUCUCCAACGCCUUCGACAUGAGGGUGAAGAACGUGGCCAACACCAACGUGAUGCAUUGGGCAGGCCGCCUCUUUGCACUUUGGGAGGGCGGCAAGCCAACAGAGUUGGAUCCGCUGAGCUUGGCCACCAAGGGCGAAACGAACUUCGACAGCGCUUUGAAGGAGGGUGACACCUUCACCGCGCAUCCGCGCCGGGACUGCAAGAGCGGUCGAGAGGUGGGCUUUAUGUACAAACCCGACCCCUCCGCCGACCUGACGCGCGUCUCCUUCUGGGAGUUUGAGCCCGAAGGUGGCGGCUUCGACGGCCGGCGCUUGGAUGUCGAGCUGCCGGGCUUCGGCUUCUACCACGAUUUCUUGGUGACGGACAGCUUCUACAUUUUAAGCCGUGCGCCGGUGGCGAUCUCGCCGCAACGGGGUCUCGAGGGCCUUCUGGGUUUGAGGCGACCCUUCCCAGGGGCGACCGGAGAUCCAGAAAUGGAUCAACAGACGCCUGGCGGUGGUCAUCCGGGCGGACGUGUGGUGGUCGUCUGGGCGGUGUCGGGGGAGACCGUGGCGAGUGUGGAGACGGAGGGUCAGCGAUCUGUGAAGGCUCUGAAGACCCAGCUGGCGCACCUUGUGGGACUUUCGCGUUUCCGCCUCCGGCUCUGCACGUGCACGACCGGACAAAUCUUGGACGACGCGACUCUGCUCGGGGAGCUGGGCGAGGAGGACCGUCAGAAUCUGCAGCUGGUGAUCCUGAAGACGGUGGAACUGGAAGAGGAGGAGCAUCAGAGGUUGCUUGCAGCGUGUGCGGAAAAUCGCUGUGAGGAAGUGGAGGAGGUGUUGCAAAGGCCCGUGUCUCCCAACAGCCCGGGUAGCAAUGGACGGGCACUGGUGCAUGUGGCAGCUCUGGAUGGGCAUGUCGAAGUGGUGCGGCUGCUGCUGGAGGCGCGAGCGGAUGUCAAUAGGAUCGUGGAACAAAGCCAGGAAACGGCUUUGCACUUGGCGGCGUGGAAAAACCACCAGGAACUGGUCCAGGUGCUUCUGGAGGCGGGAGCUUUGAUAGAUCCCGUCAUCCAUUCUGUGGAGGAAACCCCGCUGCAUUUGGCUGCCCGCAAGGGCCAUGUGGAAGUGGUGCGGCUGUUGCUUGAGGCUGGAGCUGACAAAGAGAAGGUCACAUACCAUUCUGAAGAGACUGCCCUGCACUUGGCGGCUCGGAAAGGCCACGAGGAGGUGGUGCAACAGUUGCUGGAGGCUUCGGUGGACCCAGAGAAAGCCAUCAAAGAUACAGAGGAAACCGCUUUGCAUGUGGCGGCGCGCAAAAGCCAUGCAGGAGUCGUGAGACUCUUGUUGGAGGCCAAAGCUGACAAGGACAGACAAUGUAUCAAAGACACAGCUGUGCAUUUGGCUGCGCGGAAUGGCCAUCUAGAAGUGAUGCGCUUGUCCAUCGGAGAGGCCAUCGACUUCGACGAGUCGAAGGUGGCGCAGCUGGUGCUGGUGCCGCGCGAUGGGUCGGACAUCAGAUAUGUGGACUUGGACACCCACUUCUGCACACACUUUGGCAACGGCUAUGAGCUUGAGGACAAGUUGGUGGUGGACUUUGUGCGAGCCCCCACCUUGAGUCUCAUUGGCAACUCCUCGGCGCAGCAGCGUCCGGUGUGGGAAGUCGUGGAGUUGGACACCCUCGAGCCGAAUCGCUUCACGCGCUACGAGAUCGACUUGACGUCCCAGCGCUGGGAGAAGCACGAGCUGAGCGAUCAGCAUUUGGACUAUCCCGGCAUCAAUCCCGCCUUCAGCAGCAAUCCCGCCUACCGCUACACCUGGUGUGGCAUCAGUGCCAUGAAUGGUCGCACGGGGCCGCUGCAGGGGCUUGCCAAGGUGGACGUGACAGGAGCAGAAGCGACAGAGAUGUGGUUGCCUCCAGAAGAGGAAUUCCUGGGGGAGGUGGUCUUCUCCCCCCGCGAAGGCGCCACUGCUGAGGAUGACGGUUAUCUCCUGGGUUUUUCGGCCAAGGGCGACCGGAGCUCAGACCUGCUGAUCUUCGAUGCGAAGACCAUCCAGAAAGGACCCAUUUGCCGCCUGCCGGUGCCGGCGUUCUUGCCCCAUGGGCUCCAUGGAUGCUUCGUUCCCAGCCUCGUCCCCAGCUUCGAUGAUAUCGAGGAGGCUUGGAAGAAGACUCCCACCUCCUUGUAAGGCGACCGAGGUCGCCGUCGCGCCUGACGCGCGCUCUGCACGGUGGGAACACCGGGGUUUCGUUGAGCUGGCAAGCCGGUGGCUGGACGAUGGCAUGAUUUACGUGGGAAGGGGUCGCAUUUGUUUCUUCCCGUUCAUCGCUGUUUUCAUCGCCACUUUCCACCCGGCGCGGUUUUCAUCGCCAGCGAGUAGAUCGGAGAACGACGGCUCCGGAUCGGGGCUCUAGUGAAAGGAGCUCAGCAGGAGCCAAGACCCCUCUCCUUCUCUUAUCAGAAAUGACUUCGUUAGUCGUCUAUUUUGUUUUGGCCCUGUGGUGCAGGAGAACUUGCCAAUCAACGGAAUUCUUGUGUUCCCUCACACAUAGGGCC